AGAUAAUUGAAAUGAUGAUUAGUGUAGAAAUAUAAUUUUUAUAAGAAUUCAAGUAUAAUUUUAGUUGUAAUAUUGUGUGUGUUAAGUUGUUAUAUACAUUUAUGCAAUAUGCAUACAUGUAUACAUGUAAUAUAACCAAACUUUGUGUGUGCGUUUGAUGUGUUGAAUAAAGUGCAGUAAAUGUAAGCUUUCUUAUAUUGUAAACUGAAUUGAUAUAUAUUGUGAAAAAGUGUAAAAAAUUAAAAAUGGAAAAUCUAAAUGUACCUCCCAUUAAAAGUAAUAAUCCUGCUCCAACUGUUGAACAGAUUAACGCAGAUAAAGUAACUCAGUUGGCUAAUAAAUAUUGGGCACCGCAUACUACAGAUAUACAUCUACCAUUUAAUUCUCAAAUAGUAGAUGACAUUUAUAUCCAAGAAAUAUGUGCUUCAAAGUUUUCCAUUCGACGUAUCAUGAUGUUAGAAUUCAGUCAAUAUUUGGAAAAUUUUCUAUGGCCAAAUUAUCAUGUAGAAACUGCUACUCGUGCACACACCAUGUCAAUCGUCGUUAUGGUCAACGAAAAGUUUCGUGAACGUGUACAAGUUUGGGAAGCAUUCGAAAAGAAUCCAAAACAGUUCGCUGGAUUCUUUCAAAAGGUUCUCGAAGCAUGCUUGGAAGACAGUAUUAUGGAUUUUGAUCUUAAAGAACAAACAGCACUUAUUGUAUUUUUAAAUCAUUGCUUCAAUUCUAUGGAAGUACCAUUGGUUAGAGAAGAAGUUAAAAGAUUGGUAUCGUUGUCCAUGUGGAUAUCGUUGCAAGAAGGACGUAGAGAGUUAGAAUUUAAGAAAUAUCCUAAAUGGAGAAAAUACUGGAAGGUUAUAAGAAAAAAAGAUAAUCCCGAAUUGAAAGAUAAAUUAGAAUGGGAACGUAAAUUCUUACACAGACUUAUGAUCAAAUUUAUGACCAUAUUAGAAACUAUUCCUCUUGAAGAACCUGUUUUUCCUGACAAAAUUCGUUACUGCGAAAGAUUCUUGGAACUGAUCAUCGAUCUCGAAGCUCUUCUACCAACUAGGCGCUUUUUCAAUACCGUCAUGGACGAUUGUCAUCUGGUGGUACGCUGUCAAUUAUCCAAUUUACUACACCGGCCAGAAGGUGGAUUAUUCGGUCAGCUCUUAGAAAUGUUGAAAUUUUACGCAAGAUUUGAAAUAAGCGAAGAAACUGGGGAUCCCUUGACCGAUCAUGAUAUGACCCAAUUACAUUAUGCCAAAAUUACGUCUCUUCAGAAAGCGGUGUUCGCUAAAUUUCGUGAUUUAAGAAACUUUGCAUUGGCUAAUGUUGCAAGUGUUGAUACCAGAGAUGCUCUUAAUAAACAUUUUGGAUCACUCAGUCCAGAAGAAUUGAAAUCCAUUGCAAGUUAUUUGAAUUUGGUACCACCGAAGGAAAGAGAAAAAAGUGAGAAUUGGUAUCGUUUGGAUAUUGAUUUUCUUCGAGAAUUAUUGAUAUCACGACACGAACGCAGAGCUUCUCAGCUCGAAGAAUUAAAUGAAAUGCCACUUUAUCCAACCGAGGAUAUUAUUUGGAACGAAAGUAUCGUACCAACCGAAUAUUUUUCUGGCGAGGGUUGUUUGGCCUUGCCAAAAUUAAAUUUACAAUUUUUAACUUUACACGAUUACCUUUUACGAAAUUUUAAUCUCUUUCGUUUGGAAUCCACGUAUGAAAUACGCCAAGAUAUCGAGGAUGCUGUUAGCAGAUUAAGUCCUUGGCAAGCAGAAGACGGUGGUGUAUAUUUCGGUGGUUGGGCAAGAAUGGCACAACCCAUAACACAAUUUGCAGUUGUUGAAGUAGCCAAACCAAAUAUUGGUGAAAAACGACCAUCUAGAGUACGUGCCGAUGUAACAAUUAAUUUAAGCGUACGAAAGGAGAUCAAAUCAGAAUGGGAAAAUCUUCGAAAACACGACGUUUGUUUUCUCAUUACAGUUAAACCACAAAAUCCAAUUGGUACAAAGUACAGUCAUAAGUUACCAUUUAUACCACAAGUUGGUUUAACCACAGUACGUGGUUGUGAAGUUGAAGGUAUGUUAGAUUCCAAUGGAAGAGUUAUAGAAGAUGGUCCUGAACCAAGACCAAUUUUACCAGGAGAUACAAGGACUUACAGAGUAUGGUUAGAUUCAAAUCAAUAUAGAAUUGACAUGGAUAACGCUAGUCACGGUGGUGAAGACGUUUACGAAGGUUUCAACGUAAUAAUGAGACGAAAACCUAAAGAAAAUAAUUUCAAAGCUGUAUUAGAAACUAUAAGAGAACUCAUGAAUACAGAAUGUGUUGUUCCUGAUUGGCUUCAUGAUAUCAUACUCGGUUAUGGUGAUCCUGGUGCUGCUCGUUAUUCCAGAAUGCCUAAUGAAAUAUCUACGAUGGAUUUUAACGAUACAUUCCUUGAUAUAAAUCAUUUACAAUCAAGCUUUCCGCAUUAUGAAAUUAAAGUUAAAUGUGACGAUGAAGAAAAACUUGUCAGGCCAUUUAGAUUGACGUUCGAGGAUGUUAUUGCUAAACAGAAUAAUGAACCUAUCGAAAAAGUGAUUAUUGUUGAACCUCAUGUACCUCCUAGUAGAGGCCCAUACAAAGCUAAUGAACCAAAAAAAAAUCAAAUACCAUUCACACCGACACAAGUGGAAGCCAUCAGAGCUGGAAUGCAACCAGGUUUAACUCUAGUUGUAGGUCCACCUGGUACUGGUAAAACUGAUGUAGCUGUUCAAAUAAUAUCUAAUCUUUAUCAUAAUUUUCCUUAUCAAAGAACACUCAUUGUUACACAUUCGAAUCAAGCGUUGAAUCAAUUGUUUGAAAAAAUUAUGGCACUUGAUAUCGACGAACGUCAUUUGUUACGUCUCGGUCAUGGUGAAGAGGCAUUGGAAACUGAAAAAGAUUUCAGUAGAUAUGGUAGAGUUAAUUAUGUCUUGGCCAAACGUUUAGAUUUACUUAUGGAAGUUCAAAGAUUACAGGAAUCAUUGAACGUGAAAGGUGAUGUAGCUUACACAUGUGAAACAGCUGGACACUUCUUCAUGUAUCAAAUACAAACACGUUGGGAACGUUUUGAAAAUAGGAUUAAACAAAGACAAGCUUCUGAAACAUUAUCUUCAUCUUCGUCUACGUUUAUUAUUGACGAAGAAUUUCCAUUUCAUAAAUUCUUUGAUAAUGCACCACAACCAUUGUUUAAACAUAAAUCAUUUAAGGAAGAUAUGGAGAUUGCAUGCAGUUGUUUCCGGUAUAUCGAAAGAAUAUUUGCACAAUUAGAAGAAUUUAGAGCAUUUGAAUUACUUAGAUCUGGAUUGGACAGAUCUAAAUAUUUAUUAGUAAAGGAAGCUAAAGUUAUAGCGAUGACUUGUACACAUGCAGCAUUAAAAAGGCGUGAACUUGUUGAUAUGGGUUUCAAAUAUGACAACAUAUUAAUGGAAGAGUCUGCACAAAUAUUAGAAAUUGAAACUUUCAUUCCAUUAUUACUUCAAAAUCCUCAGGACGGUUAUAAUCGUUUGAAACGUUGGAUUAUGAUUGGUGAUCAUCAUCAAUUACCACCAGUUAUUAAAAAUAUGGCAUUCCAAAAAUAUUCAAAUAUGGAACAGUCCCUUUUCGCAAGAUUCGUAAGGUUAGGUGUACCGACGGUUGAUUUAGAUGGUCAGGGACGUGCUAGACCUAGUAUUUGUAAUUUAUACAAUUGGCGAUACAAAAAGCUUGGUAAUUUGUUACACGUAGAACGUAGUCCUGAAUAUUUAGUUGCCAAUGCAGGUUUCCUUUAUGAUUUUCAAUUGGUUAACGUUGAAGAUUUCAAUGGGGUUGGUGAAAGCGAACCUAGUGCUUAUUUCUAUCAAAAUCUUGCCGAAGCUGAAUAUUGUGUAGCUGUAUUCAUGUACAUGCGUCUUUUGGGUUAUCCAGCUGAUAAAAUUAGUAUAUUAACUACUUACAAUGGUCAAAAACAUCUCAUUAGAGAUGUUAUUAAUAUAAGAUGUGCGAACAAUCCAUUAAUAGGUCGGCCAAACAAAGUAACAACUGUAGAUAAAUAUCAGGGUCAACAAAAUGAUUAUAUUAUAUUAUCAUUAGUAAAAACACGAGCAGUAGGUCAUCUGAGGGAUGCCAGACGUCUUGUUGUAGCAAUGUCAAGAGCUAGAUUAGGUUUAUACGUCUUUGCUAGAGUAUCACUCUUCAAAAAUUGUUUUGAACUUACUCCCGCAUUCAAUCAAUUGAUGCAACGACCAUUAAAACUUCAACUUUUACCGCAAGAAACUUAUCCUACCGAUAGAUUAAAUGACGCUGUUUUGACGACAUCACCGAUGGAAAUAGAAGACAUGCCACAUAUGGCUAAAUUUGUUUACGAUUAUUAUAUGGAAAAAGUUAGCGGUAUGAAGGAAUCACAAAAAAUGUGGCGUAAACCAGGAAGUAUGCAAAUAAGUGGUAGUCCAGUACACAAAGUUCCUGCUCAUCCUGGUGCCGAUGAUGAUACUGAUGAUGAUGAAGAAGAUGAAGAAAAUAAGGAAAAUAAAGAAGAAGAUGAAGAAGAAGAAAAAGUAGAAGAAGAAAAGCAAGAAGAAGAAAAAGAAACAGAAAAAGAAGAAGAAGAAGAAGAUGAGCAAGAGCAGGUAACAGAUAAACAAGAGAUGACAAAUGAAACGACAGAAAAUCAAAGUGAACCAAUACAAAAUUUAAUCGAUGAACCAACAUCUGAGACAAAAGAAAACAAUGAAUAAAAUGUAUGCAUCAAAUUAGUUUAUUUUUUUACUGAUAAACAUUUAAGAUCCUAAUUGUAGAUGUCAAAAAAAAAAAGGGUCGUAAAAGUCAAAUCAUUGAUAAUGCCAAUUCGAAGAAUAUACAUUUUAUUAAAGUU